AUGCUUGUAACAAAUCAAGCUAUAUGUGCAACUGUCCAGUGCAGCCCUGAUUUGGACAAACAAAACUGCAGCUAUUGCCUUAAAGAGUCCAUCUCAGAUAUUCCACUGUGUUGCGGUGAUGUGGAUGGAGGAAGAGUUCUUAGACCCAGCUGUUAUUUGAGGUUUGAGUCCAAUCAUUUCUAUGAGUCUGGAGCAGGUACCCUAAUAAACCUUCCAGGCGAACAAGCUUUCUACUGCUUCUCACGCAGAAGAUCAGUAAGAGACAAGUACAGUAACAGUACUGCCCCAUUUGGGAAUGAUACAAACAGUGUCGAGUCCUUGCAAUUUGACUUGGGAACUAUUGAAACUGCCACCAGCAAGUUUUCUGACAAUAACAAGUUAGGUGAAGGCGGAUUUGGUGUCGUCUUCAAGGAGUUCUUGAAUUUAACAGUUUGGUCAGAAAAUUGCAUCAGUGUUCGUAGCCUUCUAUAUGAUUCUCCAUCCACAGAUGGAAAGUUGUACAGAUUGAUCACAGCACUUAUGGAACAAUCUGGACAGUUGAUUGCACUGGCAUGUGAGUAUCUUUACAUCCACAGAUGUGAGUUACUUGCGCAGGAAGCUUGUACGAUUAACUGUCUAGGAUUUUGGAACAUGUUUAAACUUAAACCCAAAGUGAAUCACAACUCCAUCGAAACCUUGACUGGUUCAAAUUAUAGCAAAUGGAAACAAGAUCUGGAAAUAUCUCUAGGUUUUCUGGAUUACGAUUUUGUGCUCAGAGAGGAACCUCCCCAGGAACCAGCUGCAGAUGCUUCUGCAGAAACUAAGACUAAGUUUGCCAAAUGGGAAAAGGCAAACAAGAUGGCUAUGUUAAUCAUGCAAAGGGCUAUGUGA